GCGUGGCAAGUCAGACAAGUUGCAGACGGAGAAGGCGGUGUUUGUAUUUUCAGAUGUGAGAGUUUGUAUGAAACCACAAACCAAAGGAUUUCACGGCAUCACAGCGUCAGUAUUGAUCCGGGCAGCGGAUCUGUGGGACAGCCUUUCUAUUGAUGACAUUAAUCAGCAUUAUAAGCUCGGUUAAUUAAAGGGCUACAGCUUCCGGGAGAACCACAGGGACAAUGAGGAAGGUUGCUCUGCUGCUAAUUGUGCUCCUCGGCGUUGCACACUUUGCGACUGUCUGCAGAUGUGAAGAUGAUGCAGCAGAAAACAAAGGGGAGGCAGCUGAUGAGGACAGUGAUGAGGAGGAGGAGGACGACGAGGAUGACACGGAGGUGAAGGAAGAGAACGGAGUCCUGGUUCUCACCAACAGCAACUUUGACACCUUCAUCGAGGGGAAAGACACGGUUCUGGUUGAGUUUUAUGCACCAUGGUGUGGCCACUGCAAGCAGUUUGCACCAGAGUAUGAGAAAAUCGCUCAGACCCUGAAGGAGAACGACCCACCGAUUCCUGUGGCCAAAGUGGAUGCCACAAAAGCCAAUAGGGUAGCGAGCAGGUUCGACGUGUCGGGGUAUCCCACCAUUAAGAUCCUGAAGAAUGGAGAGCCUGUCGACUACGAUGGAGAGAGAACUGAAAAGGCCAUUGUAGCGCGGGUGUUGGAGGUGUCUCAGCCGGACUGGAAGCCGCCUCCUGAGGCCACACUGGUGCUGACAAAGGACAACUUUGAUGAAACGGUUGAUAAUGCAGACAUCAUCCUGGUGGAGUUCUACGCUCCAUGGUGUGGACACUGUAAGCGUCUUGCUCCGGAGUAUGAGAAUGCUGCGCAGGAGCUGAGCCAGCGCUCCCCUCCUAUUCCUCUGGCCAAGGUAGAUGCCACAGUUGAGACGGAGCUCGCCUCACGCUUUGGGGUCACUGGUUACCCCACGCUGAAGAUCUUCAGGAAGGGCAAAGCGUUUGAAUACAAUGGUCCCAGGGAGAAGUACGGGAUCGUUGACUUCAUGAGUGAGCAGGCAGGACCCCCCUCUAAGCAGGUCCAGGCAGCAAAGCAAGUACAGGAGCUCCUGAAAGAUGGUGAUGAUGCCGUCAUAGUCGGCAUAUUCUCCAGCGAGCAGGAUGCCGCCUACGAGAUCUACAUUGAAGCUUGUAAUGCUCUGAGGGAGGACUUCGUCUUCCGUCACUCCUUCAGCUCAGAAGUGGCCAAACUGUUGAAAGUGUCUCCUGGUCAAAUUGUCAUUGUUCAGCCUGAAAAGUUCCACUCAAAGUAUGAGCCGGUUUCCAACAAACUUUCAGUCAAGGAGUCUACAUCGAUGUCUGAAGUCCAGGAUUUCUUCAGGAAGCAUUCCGUUCCCCUGGUGGGACACAGGAAACCCAGCAAUGAUGCCAAACGCUACGCUAAGAGACCCCUGGUGGUUGUGUAUUAUGGAGUCGACUUCAGCUUUGACUACAGGAUAGCCACGCAGUUCUGGAGGUCCAAGGUGCUCGAUGUUGCCAAAGACUUCCCAGAGUACACGUUCGCCAUCGCCGAUGAGGAGGAUUAUGCCGAGGAGCUGAAGAGCCUGGGCUUAAGCGAGAGUGGAGAGGAAGUUAAUGUUGGGAUUUUGGCAGAUGGAGGGAAGAAGUUUGUCAUGGAGCCGGAGGAGUUUGACUCGGAGGUGCUGAAAGAAUUUGUUAUUGCUUUUAAGAAAGGAAAGCUCCAACCCAUCAUCAAGUCCCAACCAGUGCCAAAGAACAACAAGGGACCAGUUAAGGUUGUGGUGGGAAAGACCUUCAAUGAAAUAGUCAUGGAUGACCAAAAGGACGUCCUGAUCGAGUUUUACGCCCCCUGGUGCGGUCACUGUAAAAAGCUGGAGCCCGAUUAUUUGGCACUUGGCAAAAAGUACAAAUCUGAGAAGAACCUAGUGAUCGCCAAGAUGGACACUACGGCCAACGACGUGCCGAAUGACCGCUACAAUGUGGAAGGCUUCCCCACGAUAUACUUUGCCCCCAGUAACGGCAAGCAGAGCCCAGUUAAAUUUGAUGGUGGUGACAGAACAGUAGAGGGGCUCAGUAAGUUUGUGGAGGAGCACGCCACAAAGCUCCAGAAGAGAGAUGAACUUUGAGAUUUUUUCUCAGCGAGGAGAUAAGAACUCUUUAACGGUGCUCUGUUGGAGUCCGGGAGGCCAAAGGGAACACAGCGGUUUCUAAACGGUGUUACUGACGUUCUGUGAUGACCCGUUUCAAUAAUCCUUUUUAGUUUCUGUUCAUUCUAAGAGAUUCAGCUUCUGUUUCUGAAAGCAUGUAAGCACUGACAGUUUUUUAAAAAUAAAACUGAAAAUGAUGGUGGCUUUCUGCACCAGCACUCA